GCUUUCACAUGUUUGUUGAUCAUAUUCUCUAUUACUAGAUUGUGCCACCAUGGCAAGUCCUUAUUUUGAUGAUUGCCAGAAGCUCUUCAUCACUCCACCACAAGCUUCCUCUUAUGUCAAUCCACUUUAUGAUGAGAAGGCAACAACUGACAAUGAGUCUUUCAAAUCACUUGCUGAAAGGAUAGUUGAUUUUACUGAGGAAUCUAAAAGGCUUCAUGAGGAACGCAUGAGGAGGUUGGAGGAAAAGUUGAAAGGAUACAAAUUAAAUCUUUCAAAACUUAAAACCCCUCAACCCAAAAGUGAGGUUUUAAUGGAGGAUUCAAAGAAGUGCCAUGCAGCCGCGUCUCCUAGAACUUUGAAGCAGUUUUGCAAAUCGCAAAACGUGACAGAGAUGCCAAUUGUAAAUGAAGGUCAGACGACACUAAGGUCAAAGAGUAACCCCAUGAUCACAGUCGGGGGGCAUGAAUCACAAUUGCAGCAUGCUGUCCAAAGUCAGCAACGCCAUGCAGCUUUGGAGGCGACUUCAACAAGUAUGUCUCCAAGUCAUUCUAAGUCUGCAAAGACUAAUACUAGCAAUAGUCCUCUUACUCCUGGGAGGCAUAAACCAACUCAGGUGCAGACAUGUCAGCCAUCGAUCAAUGAAGGUCCAUAUGAUGGUCGACAGCAAGUUGAUGUUGCCACACAAAAGCCAACACUUUGGCGGCUUCAAAAGAAAAGAGCUAAAGAGCGUCAGAGACAUGUUGCCAAGGUGCAUGCUUCCCAAUGGCAACAACCUCCAAGGAAGCAAAGGUUUAUCUGGGUGGAGAAGAAGAAACACAGUGCAGCUUCUCAAGAGGCAAAUCAAAAUUUAGUCAAUGCAAUCGUGUCUCCAAAGACGUCUGCCAAGCAUGUUCCUUUCAAGUCGAAUGACUCAAAGGCAGCUAAGAAGCUUAAUGUCAGCAGCAAAACAAUUAGCCUUGGUGAGUUUAUUAUUGAACUUCCAAGUUCCAAUCCAAAUCUCCCUUUUGUUUUUACAAAGAAGCAAGAUGCAACCUCUAGUAGCACAAAGGCAGAAAAGAACAAAGCAAACAUGUCUGCCAAAGAAAACAAGGGGAAGAAUCAAAACAAAGAUGUUGCAACCUUUGUUCCAAGAGGAGGAAUGCUGCCAUCAACUAAAAGCAUGCUGCUUAGGAGACAUUCUGCUAGCAAUAUGAAAUCUUUGCAAAUGCACAAGGCAUUAGAUGAAGGCACAUACUGGCUACAAAACCUUGACGGUAGUCUGCACCUCACAAAAAUAAAUGGCUUACCUUUUCAGCCAUGUUGCCCUUCGGUCUAGAAGUCAUGUAGUAGAUCGAAGUGGAAAUAAUCUCUUUGCCUAAGUCAGGUUUGGGUGGAGAUCAGCUUUAAUUUAGUUUUUGUUUUUAAUUUUCUACAAUUAGUGUGAAUAAUCUUGCAGUUGAGCG